AUGCAAAUAGAUACAUCCAAAUUCAAACUGAGUGGCUUGUAUGGCCAUCGGGGCUUGUUUUUGGCUUCCCUGGCCUCAUUGUCUCUGGUCACCGUAACUUCUCGUCACGUUUGUCAUGAAUGCACGAACUCGAUCAUACUUCAUCACUCGACGCCUGUGGCUCGGCUAACACCUGCACCUUUACAUCAUGCGCUUCGCUUUUCGGGUCAUGGCACGUCCGUGACUGUCAAUGACCUUUUUGGAAACAUGCCAGUUCGCGUCAAGAGUCGAGCUCUCACUCUUCAGCGGCCGGACGAGCUAGAACGAGAGUGGGACCAUCUCAGGAGUUCCUUGGUGUCUCUCCUUUUAGCCCAUCAUCAAUUCACAAAACUAGCCCUUCAUGAUGGGGAAAGAAAUAAACGGAUGUCUAUCCGUCUUGGAACUGCCUCUAUGCCCGAGGCACGCAUCUCUCAUGAUGAGAAGGAGUUUGAUCUCAAACGUAUCGGGCUGAUUCUCACACAAUCCGGGUUGAUCACGCCACAAAACUUCGAUGCUUGGCAUGGAAUUUCAGCAUCAGUUUCUGACCUCAUAGUUCGGGGAGCUAUAUCUCUCCAGCCCAGCCCAAGUCGGAAGUGUCAGUUCAUCUCUUUGGGAAAAGAACCCCUUCUAUCGCGCAAUAGCUCGAACGUACUUUAUAACGAAGUGAACCGAUUAUUUGCUUCGUCGGAUUUCAGUAAUGUCGGAGCCAUUUCCAACAGAAGCUCUGUUCCACAUCCUACAUCUUCGGUGAAUCAGCUUGAUGCCCCAAGUAACGCAAGCACUCGAAGCUGGGCAAAACCUGUCAAUAAGUGGCCAAUGUUCUACAUUCGCAUUGACACAAACGUCGUUAUACGGUUAGAUUACAAUGCGUCUGAGCAUCUUCCAGAAUCGGCCAAAUCGGUUCAACGCAUAGUUGAUGUGCUUGGGGCCAUGGUCCAUGAGUUUUUGAAGCAACACAAUCUCCGCCCUCGUAAUGGCAAACAGCAGACCAUUUCAUCAGACCAGAACCAGAUUAUCCGGUCCAAAGCCUCCCAAGGAGCUGGUAGUUCUCGUGGCCCCCUACGGCAUGGUCGGUCCAUUGCGAGCACCGAAGAGGCGUUUAGCGGUCGUCUGAAAAUUCCCUCAUUCCCAAGAGCCCAGUCUCUGAACUCUGGCCAAACCUUCAACAACUGGUCCAGAGUAAAAUCCGCUAAGGAUCUCAAAAGAUGCUCUCCGGCCCGUCGAACGUCUCGGCUUUCUGACGGGACUCCUGAUAUAACGCAGCGUGAGAGCUCCUUGCCGAUUCUCCCUAAACAUAGGCCAAACCGUCGAGACGAUAGCCAGGAGUGCACCAUUCUUCCAAAGCCCCUGGAUAAAAGGGUCUCUAGUGAGGACAAGAACAGAACAGAUGAUCUGCCUGGAGACUCACAAUCAGACAAGAUGAUCACCUGGGUCGAUCCACACACCAAGUCGGCCUAUAUGAUCAAUCCUCGAACGGGCCAAACAAUGAACUCCCGGAAAUCAUUAGCUACCCAGCGUUCUCCCACUGAUUACGUCGAUAUCUCGUCCAAGCAUCCAGAGCAAACUUUUUGGAUAGAUAACAUGUUGGGGGCAUGGGACAACCCUUCCUUCAGCCGAACAGAAAUGCCAAUACCAAGUCUAGGCUCAGAGUUCUCCAGUCAGCAGAAUACGAUUAUUUCUUCGCACGACUGCUUCAAGGGCAUUGGGUCGCUUGAUACAGCGCAAGUAGCCAAAUAUCGAGGGAAGGUUCAACGUCGUGCGCUCGAGACUGCCGAAGUGAUAGCCCAGGUGGACAAAAAGUUCAUCUUGGCUAAGGUCCAUACGACUCCCGUCGUUGUCAAUUGGGAGGGGCCAUCAAACGAUGUUCUGCUUCUAAUCGAUCAGCACGCAGCCGAUGAGCGAUGUCGAAUUGAACGGUUGUUUAUGGAGAUGUUCCUCUCUGCUGGGCUGAGCGAGAAUUUGGAGUCGGGUGCUCGAGUGCGGACUGUCCAAGUCGGUUCUUUGGCAUUUGAAGUUUCAUCGACGGAGGGUGAUCUCUUCCAAAAAUAUACGAGUCUCUUCUCAGCCUGGGGUAUUGAGUAUGUGGCACAAGGCAAAACCAACUCUACCGUCGUGAUCACCGUCCAUACUCUUCCUACCGUAAUAGCCGAACGCUGUCGGCUCGAGCCUCAUGUGCUGAUUGACUUGAUGAGGCGUGAGAUCUGGUCAAGUGAGGAAGAUGGCAGUAAGCCGUUCCAGUCGAAGAGAACGUUUGAAACCUUAGAUGCCGACCAGGAUAUCGAACUAUCAGACAGCGAUGAUGUGGUACACAAAGGAGCCUCAACAUCGUCCGCCUCGCGCUCAUGGGUUCAACAGAUGAAUGGAUGCCCUCAAGGUAUCGUGGACCUUCUCAACUCUCGCGCCUGUCGCACGGCAAUCAUGUUCAAUGACCCUUUAAACAUCGAAGAGUGCCAGUCCUUGGUCUCCAGCCUGGCCAGUUGUGCCUUCCCGUUUCAGUGCGCCCACGGUCGCCCUUCAAUGGUCCCUAUACUUGAUUUACGAUCACUCUCCAAUACUGCUGUUUCAUUGCCGCUAGACUUGGAUAUCAGUGCAUCCGCUUAUCACGAUAACGACGGCAUGACUUCGGAUUUCGUGGAGGCGUUUAGAACACGUUAUGUAACAUAG